CAUUAACUACCCACUAUUAGAGGCAGCCAUUUUUCCCUUUAAUUUCUAGCAGAACAAGAACUACUUACUUCACAAAGUUCUCAAAUUUCUUGAUUUUUUAGCUAAAUCUUUGUAAUGGGUAUCAAACUUUUUAUGUUUUCUUUCAUUCUAACCUCAGUUCUAUUCAUUCUUGUUUACAUACCCACCCGAUUAUCUCAAUCACCAAUCACUAUUUUCAAGCCAACUAAAAGCUUCAUCAUUUCUAAUACUAGUAAACCUUACCCUGUAAAAUUUGCUUACUUGAUCUCUGCUUCUAAAGGAGAUGUAGCAAAGUUGAAAAGGCUGCUGUUUUCUCUAUACCAUCCUGGGAAUUUUUACUUGAUUCAUUUGGAUUUAGAUGCACCAGAAGCUGAGCACAAAGAGAUUUCAAGAUUUGUGGGUGGAAAUACUGUUUUUGGAGAAAUUAAUAAUGUUUGGAUUGUGGGAAAGCCUAAUUUGGUAACAUAUAGAGGACCAACUAUGCUUGCUACUACACUUCAUGCAAUGUCUAUGCUUUUGAAGAUUGCUAAAUGGGAUUGGUUUAUUAAUCUCAGUGCCUCUGAUUAUCCUUUAGUUACUCAAGAUGAUCUGAUCCAUGCCUUCUCUGACAUACCAAGGGAUCUAAAUUUUGUACAACACACCAGCCACAUGGGUUGGAAACUGAAUAAGAGAGGAAAGCCAAUUAUAAUAGACCCUGGUCUACAUAGUUUAAACAAAUCAGAGAUCUGGUGGGUUAUCAAGCAAAGAAGUCUUCCAACUGCUUUCAAGCUUUAUACAGGUUCAGCUUGGACAAUAUUGUCCAGAUCCUUUGCAGAAUACUGCAUAAUAGGCUGGGAAAACCUUCCAAGAACUCUUCUUCUCUACUACACUAAUUUUGUGUCAUCACCAGAGGGUUAUUUCCAAACAGUCAUAUGCAACUCCGAGGAAUACAAGAACACUACAGUGAACCAUGAUCUUCAUUACAUAACUUGGGACAACCCCCCGAGACAACAUCCUCGAUCCCUUGGUCCAAAGGAUUACAGAAGAAUGAUCUUAAGCAACAGGCCAUUUGCCCGGAAGUUCAAGAACAACAACCCUGUCCUUAAUAAAAUUGAUCGUGACAUUCUCAGAAGACGAAAUGGACAGUUCUCAGCCGGAGGAUGGUGCACCAAUGACGAUGAGCGAGGUUGUUUUAGUCUCCAAGGUGAGAAAUAUGGCGUUCUAAGGCCUGGAAUUGGCGCCAGAAGAUUGAAAACAUUGUUAAAGAAAUUGAUAUCUGCACCAAAUUUUGCUAAGCGGCAGUGUAGAUAAUUUGGAAAUGAGACUUACUUUUUGUCGGAAAUAUAGAAAAAUAAAUUUUGUGGCAGACAUGAAAUAAUGUUAGGUCAAUUCUUGAUAAUUGUCAUAGUUCAUCAGUUUGUACGAGAAAAAGAAAAAUAUAUGUCAGGAAUGUUAGUCAUUGGAGUCCAGUUUCUCGUCUUCUUUUUUCAUUGUUAUUUUUGGAUUCUUUUCUAUUUGUGGAGGUGUUCUAAUUCUUUCCAAAUUGUAGCCAGUACUAUUAUUAUUAUUAC